CCAUUUAUGGUUGCACCUACAAAAUAGACCAAUGAAAACGCUGGCUGCUGAUGACCCACUAAAAAAACAUUGCAAACGUGCAGACGGGAAGGAUGGAGUCCUCUAUGGUCAGCAAAGAUAUACCAGAUAUUGAGAAUUUACUUGCACUGAAUCCAAAAGUGACCAAGUAUGCCAAUCUGGUGUCAAGCACUGAGACCAAAAACAACAAAAAGCACUGGAAACGUAACAGUACAAAAGGCUGCUCGGACUGUCCCCCUAGAACUAAAAACUUUGAUGACAUUAAGCACACAACACUGAGUGAGCGAGGGGCUCUUAGGGAGGCAGCCAGGUGUUUGAAAUGUGCCGAUGCACCAUGUCAGAAAAGCUGCCCAACUCAGCUAGACAUCAAAUCUUUUAUUACCAGUAUUGCAAAUAAGAAUUACUAUGGGGCAGCCAAGGCAAUCUUUUCAGACAACCCCCUUGGCCUUACAUGUGGAAUGGUCUGCCCGACCUCUGACCUUUGUGUUGGAGGAUGCAAUCUGUAUGCUGCAGAGGAAGGUCCCAUUAACAUCGGGGGGCUACAGCAAUUUGCUACUGAGAUUUUUAAGGCCAUGAAGAUUCCUCAGAUAAGGGACCCGUCUUUGCCCCCUAUGGAGGAUCUCCCUGAUAGUUACAGGGCUAAGGUGGCCCUGCUGGGCUGUGGACCAGCCAGUAUUAGCUGUGCCACCUUCCUGGCCAGGCUUGGUUACACGGAUCUUACUAUAUAUGAGAAAUAUGACUACAUUGGGGGACUGAGCUCAUCUGAGAUCCCCCAGUAUCGCUUACCUUACAGUGUUGUUGACUUUGAGGUUCAACUUGCUAAAGAUCUUGGUGUCAAAAUUGAGAAAGGGAGAUCACUCAGUACGUCAGAUAUAACCGUCCAGAAACUGAAGAGUGAGGGGUUUGAGGCUGUGUUCUUAGGGAUAGGUAUGCCUGACCCCAAGAAGAUUCCAAUCUUUGCUGAUUUGAAAGAAUCAAUGGGAUUCUUUACAUCCAAAGAUUUCCUACCAAAAGUUUCGGCUGCUAGCAAAGCAGGUAUGUGCAGCUGUAAGUCUACCCUGCCCCAGCUGUCAGGGAAGGUGAUUGUGCUGGGGGCGGGAGACACAGCCUUUGACUGUGCUACCUCGGCCCUGAGGUGUGGGGCCAAGAGAGUCUACGUUGUGUUCAGAAAGGGAUUCACCAACAUCAGAGCUGUGCCCGAGGAGGUAAAAAGUGUUAUUUUGUUUUUUACCCAUAUGACAUCUUUAGGUUGA